AUGGCGCAGAUGACAGGGAUAUGGCUGACUGUCAGAGUUGCUGCUGUAGUCCUGGUGAGCCCUGUCCUUCCCGUGGUGGAGGGAGAAGCUGUAACUCUGCACUGCGUGAACAAGAUAACUUCCGAUGUGACAGCUGAUUUCUAUAAAGAUGGCCUCUUUAUUGGGAGAAGCUCCACUGGGAACGUAACUGUCCGCACUGCUUUGAAGUCUGAUGAAGGACUCUACAAAUGCAACAUCUCUGGAGCUGGAGAAUCUGGCUGUCAGAGGACUGUGGUCACCAUUUUAUGGAUUGCUCUGAUGAUGCGUCACUGUCUGAAACGGAAACUGAGUGCCUCUAGUUACUCUGACCAUGUCUCAGACAGUCAGCGGCCAGACGUCAUGGAGGUCACUGCUCUCCACAUCAAACUGUUGAGGAGUAUGUGGUUGCUGCUGCUGACGCAAGUUCAGGACAAUUAUUGUGCUUCAAAAGCUGAUGCAGCUUUUCCUCGCGUCGUUCCGAACAGCCUUCAGCACUUUGAAUACCAGCCCAUCUCUUUUCACUGUGAGGGGUUUGAUGGGGAAGUCGGGUGGAGAGUGAUGAGGAAGACCCAAAGUAAAAACGCCACAUGUGGUUCUACUAAACAGGGAAGUUCGGACGGAUCCCUCUGCGUCAUCAGAAAUGUUUACGAAGAAGACAGUGGAGAGUACUGGUGUGAGACAGGAGACGGGAAGAAAAGCGACACCCUCAACAUCACUGUUACAGCUGGGUCUGUGAUACUGGAGAGUCCUGUCCUUCCUGUGAUGGAGGGAGAUGCUGUGACUCUACGCUGCAGACACAAGUCAGAUUCAACCAACCUCUCGUCUUCCUUCUAUAAAAAUGGCUGCCUCAUCAAGCGCGUCUCAGUUGACAACAUGACCAUCUCCAGUUUCUCCAGGUCUGAUGAAGGACUCUACAAGUGCAGCGUCUCUGGAGCUGGAGAAUCAGCAGAGAGCUGGCUGACUGUCAGAGAGUAUCACAGAGAGACUAUCCACAUUUGCUCCGAUCAACUUCCUGUUCUCCUCUACCUCCUCAUAAGGAUGGUUGGCAGCGCUUUAUGGACGGCUCUGCUGCUGCUGGUGUUGAGAAAACGUCACUGUGGGAGACAGCUGACUAAUCUGGACAGAAGAGAAGCUGUGAUAACCUGACCACACCAAAUAAUGAGUAAACCAGGCAACAUGUCAUCUUUACUGGUCAUCUAGAUGUCAUCUUUGUUUUCUUUUUC